CAGACAGCCUUUAGACAAAGCGAUGAUCUCCAGUCGCAUCAAAACAAACACAUCUCGCUUCGCGUGGUGAUUCUUAUCCUUUAAUUUCUAAAUGUUUUAUAAGUUUUUCAAAAACUGCAAAUUCAUUAUUUAUCCCAUCAAAAUUUUAUCAUAGCACAACUGAACUAGGAAGCAUGUCUCGCGUCACUCGAAUCAAACAUGUCCUGAAGGAACAGGAAGCCAACGAAUUCGACGUCCCGACGGAUAACCAAACCAUAGUCCGUGUGGUGGCCAGUAGGGGUAACAACCUUCACGAAGUGGAAUCAGCAAACGAGGGGGAGGAACGCUUUCUCGUGUCGAUGCCGGUAAAGUUUCGCAAGAACGUUUGGAUCAAGCGGGGGGACUUUGUUCUGGUGGAACCUAUUGAGGAGGGGAACAAGGUGAAGGCUGAAAUUUGCCGCAUCCUUACGCCAGAACACAUUAAGGUGUUUGAGCAGGAGGGCGUGUGGCCCAAGCGAUUCACCAAGAAACGUGAACACGAUGACGAUCUCGAUGAGGACGGAUUGGUGCGGAACACCAACCGGCAAAUGGUCGAAGAAGAUGAUUCCAGCGAUGACGAAGAUGAGGAAAGUAUGGAUGAUAGCGAGGAGGAUGAACGAAAUUAACGAAUAAGAAUGACUGCGUUGGAUUUCUCUGGUAAAUAAUUCCCACAACUAAAUAUAAGAAAUUUAUUCUUGUACAGAGAGGCAGAAACAA